CACCUCCACCUGACGCCCGACGAGCGCGCCUCGGCCGUCGUCUACACGUCCGGCGAGCACUGCCCCAUGUGCGCGGCCGCCCACGCCUUCGUCGGCCUGGGCCGCGUCGUCUACGUCGCUUCGACGGCGCAGUUUGAGCGCUGGAAGGAGGAGGCGGGCGUGGACAAGGGCCCCGUGGCGGCGCUGCCCAUCAGUGCGGUUGCGCCGCGCGUGAGGGUUGCGGGGCCGGUUGCUGGGUUGGAUCUGGAGGUUAAGGCGCUGUAUCAGCAGUGGUGGGAGAGGCGGAAGCUGAAGACGCAGGCUGGAAACGAGGGCUGA